ACCGCUCUCUCUCAGUCAGUCCGGUCUCAGUCCAGCAGCAGCAGCAGAUCAACAACACUCUCAUUUUUAAUUUACCUGCGGAUGGAUUUAAAUAAGCGAAUCAAGUGGAGCUGAGUAUUCACCUGUGGGGCUGGAGGGCAGAUUUACAUUACAUUUAACGGACUUUACCUGUCGGAUUCCAGCGUUUCAUUUAAUCUGACUUGGAUUAAGUGACCAGUUUGGCCGCUGUUUCAAUCUCAUUCAUUGUGGAUAAUGUGGAUAAAUCCAAUUUUAACGCCCUCUCGAACCUGAUUUAAACCACCGAAAGGAGAAUGUGGCUGCACAGCUCACAGGGAUAAAUUAUUCAGCUGUGGUGGAAGUGGGAUACCUGCUGGGCAGAGGAUGGCCUGCUGGAAGGAGGGCGCCACCCUCCUGCUGGUCCUGCUGGUCCUGCUGGACCCACGGCCGGUCGCCGGGCGAUCGUCUCGCCACCGCAGCUGGAAGCGCCAGACCCGAGAGCACCGUGAACGCCGGGCCACGCCACAGCAGAACAUCACGCUGGCCGUCAUCUUACCGGAGACCAACACGGAUUACCCAUGGGCCUGGCCUCGUGUUGGCCCCGCCCUGCACCGGGCCGUCAGAACCAUCAACGCCAACCCCACCCUGCUCCCCAACCACCACCUCACCUACGCCUUCAAGAACAGCGAGGACAAGGACCGCAUCUGCUCUGAGUCCAUCGCCCCGCUCGUGGCCGUGGACCUCAAGUUCGCCUACGACCCGUGGGCCUUCAUCGGGCCCGGCUGCUCCUACACCGCCUCCCCCGUCGGCCUCUUCACCACCCACUGGAACGUCCCCAUGGUGACAGCGGGCGCCCCUGCCGUGGCCUUUAACGGCAAGGUGUACCCGUCCCUCACCAACACCGGUCCCACCCACAAGAAGUUGGGGAAGUUUGCCCUACGGAUCUGCGAGCACUUCGGGUGGCAGGAGCAUGUGAUGCUCAUGUUCAACGACGACAAGGUGGACGAUCGGCCAUGUUACUUUGCCGUGGAGGGUUUGUACACGGAGCUGAGGAACGUCAACAUCACCCUUGUGGACCGGGUCUUCGAGGAGAACAAACCUGUCAACUACUCCCAGAUCCUGUCCGACAGCCAGAACGACGGCCGAGUGGUGUUUGUCUGCUGCUCCCCUGACGUCUUCAGAAAGUUGAUGGUUCACUUCCGGCAGGCGGAUCUCCCCCACGAGCAGUACGUCUUCUUCUACAUCGACGUGUUCGGAGACAGCCUGAACUCCAGGAACAGGCAGCCGUGGAAGCGAGGAGACGAAGACGACGAUGUCGCCAAGGAGGCUUUCCAGAGUGUGAAGAUCCUGACGUACCGAGAACCUCAGAACCCUGAGUACAAAGAGUUCGUCAACAACCUGAAGACGGACGCCAAGAAAAUGUUCAACUACACCGUCGAGGACACGCUGAUGAAUAUCAUUGCAGGAGGUUUCUACGAUGGUCUGAUGCUCUACACUCACACCCUGAACGAGACCAUGUCAGCGUACGGCAGUCGUCCUCCGGGCAAUGUCGUCACUACGAGGAUGUGGAAUCGAACCUUCCAUGGUGUGACAGGACUGGUCCACCUGGACGAGAACGGGGACAGAGAGACGGACUUUGCUCUAUGGGACAUCAUCGACACCAACACCAGCACCUUCCAGAUCGUUCUGGUUUACAACAGCUCAGAGGAGCAGCUGACGGCCAUACCUGGAACAACGCUGCACUGGCCGGGUGGAGUUCCUCCUGAUGUUCCCGUCUGCGGCUUCAAGAACGACAACCCCAUCUGCCUCGCAAAAACCAUCACCAUCCACCAGAUGGUUUCCAUCGUGGUCUUCUUCAUCUUCAUCAUGACCCUCACCAUCGCCGUCUUCAUCUACAGGAGGAUGAAGCUGGAGAAGGAGCUGGUGGCUCAGCUGUGGAGGAUUUCCUGGGACAACAUCCAGAUGAGCAACCUGAACAAAGUGCUGCGCAGCGGCAGCAGGAUCACACUGUCACUGAGAGGCUCUAACUACGGCUCCCUAAUGACCGGAGAUGGAAACCUGCAGGUUUUUGCAAAGACUGGAUACUACAAGGGGAACAUCAUCGCCAUCAAAUACACCAACAGGAAACGAAUCGAGCUGAACAGGAAGGUUCUGUUUGAACUGAAACAUAUGCGUGACGUUCAGAACGAACAUCUGACCAGGUUCAUCGGAGCGUGCAUCGACCCUCCCAACAUCUGUAUCAUCACAGAGUACUGUCCCAGAGGAAGUCUGCAGGACAUCCUGGAGAACGACAGCAUCACUCUGGACUGGAUGUUCAAAUAUUCUCUCAUCAACGACAUCGUUAAGGGCAUGGUCUUCCUCCACAACAGCGUCAUCUUCUCUCACGGUAAACUCAAGUCAUCCAAUUGUGUCGUCGACAACCGCUUCGUCCUGAAGAUCACCGACUACGGUUUGUCCAGCUUCCGAUCGGAGAGCGACUCAGGGAAAGAUGCUCACGCCUACUACGCCCAGAGGCUGUGGAUGGCUCCGGAGCUGCUCAGGAUGGAGUCUCCUACUCCUCAGGGAACUCAGAAAGGAGACGUCUACAGCUUUGGCAUCAUCCUCCAGGAGGUGGCGCUGCGCCGGGGAGCCUUUUACUUAGAGGGAGAUCCACUCAGCCCUAAAGAGAUCGUGGACCGGGUGGUUCUGGGUGAGUGGCCCUGCCUGAGGCCGACAGUCGACCCCCAGAGUCACAGUCCUGAGCUGGGUCAGCUGAUGCAGCGCUGCUGGGCUGAGGAACCCACCGAGAGACCGGAGUUCAACCACAUCCGACUGCUGCUGCGCAAACAGAACAAGGAGUCGAGGACCAACAUCCUGGACAACCUCCUGUCUCGGAUGGAGCAGUACGCCAACAACCUGGAGGAGCUGGUGGAGGAACGAACGCAGGCGUACCACGAGGAGAAACGCAAGGCGGAGGCCCUGCUCUACCAGAUACUACCACAUUCAGUAGCAGAGCAGUUGAAGCGUGGGGAGACGGUUCAGGCCGAGGCCUUCGACUCUGUCACCAUCUACUUCAGCGACAUCGUUGGAUUCACGGCCAUUUCUGCUGAGAGUACUCCGAUGGAGGUGGUGACUCUACUCAAUGACCUCUACACGUGUUUCGACGCCAUCAUCGACAACUUUGAUGUUUACAAGGUGGAGACCAUCGGCGACGCCUACAUGGUGGUGUCAGGGCUGCCGGUGAGGAACGGGAAGCUGCACGGCAGGGAGAUCGCCCGCAUGGCCCUCGCCUUGCUGGACGCCGUCCGGACCUUCAAGAUCCGCCACCGACCGGAGGAGCAGCUGAAGCUGAGGAUAGGGAUUCACAGCGGUCCGGUGUGUGCAGGUGUGGUGGGUUUGAAGAUGCCUCGUUACUGUUUGUUCGGUGACACCGUCAACACGUCGUCACGGAUGGAGUCCAGCGGAGAAGCGCUGAAGAUCCACGUGUCGGCGGCGACUCGUGACGUCCUGUUGGAGUUCAACUGCUUCCAGCUGGAGCUGAGAGGCGAGAUCGACGUCAAGGGCAAAGGAAAGAUGACCACCUAUUGGCUACUGGGAGAGAGCGACAGCCAAUGACGAAACACCACAAAUAGAGAGGAAGGGGAUGAACAAAGAAGGAGGGAAAGAGGAAAGGAAAGAGGAAGAUAGACAGGAUGAGAUGGAGGAGGUAGAGAAUGAAAGAAAAAGGUUUCUCCUCAGACAUGUCGGGUCCUGGUCUGGACUCAUCACCUCCGAGUUGUUUCUUAUCGCCGAACAAUCAGACCUGGAUGGUUUCAGACUCCAUAAGAUGGAGGAAAAGUAGCGGUACAUUCUCCAAAAAAUGAACUGUAAAAACUCAAAUGGACAUGUGUGCAACAAGGAAACAAAACUACAGGUGGGAACAGGAGGCAAAAGACAGAGGAAGCGACUGGUCUGUGACCUGCAGAACCAGGAAUCGAACUGUACAAAUGAAGGGCUGAAACAUGAUGGAAGACUCUUUAUACUCUGUGAUCCAGGUCUGGCACCUUUGGGCAGUUUCACAGCUGAUUUAAAUUCCCUCGCUCAGACGUUCAAGGCUAGAACUCCCUUGUUCCAGACAUUCAAACAGGUCUAGAAUGAGGUGUUAGCUCAGAGAAGCAGUUAGUCUUCACACAGUAAGUCGUCAUCCCUGAAGUCUUUUCUCUUGUUAAAUUCUUUAUACUCUUUAUCCCUUAACUGUAUAAUUUUAAUCAAUGAGCGAAGGAUGCAAACAUACGUCUGAUUGACUUCCCUAGCGCCAGGAAAGGUCAUCACACGGCCUCUUCCCUCAGCUUAGGACCAUUUCAGGGUCCAUCUCCUGAGAAACUAGAGUAAAAAUUUUAAAUUGAGGUGCAGCUGCUCAUGAGCUCUUUUGCAAAUAUACAUUCUCUGUAAAUAUACAAAAAUCUCUCUUAAUAAAAAAGUUGCAAAUACA